AUGGAGUCGCUCUUUGUGCGGUCUCUGGCACUGGAAUCGGUAACCGUCCAUGCCCAGACGCUCACGAGCGCCUCCCGUACAACAGCUGACACCACUUUUGCAGUCGCUGAUGGACGCGAGGGCGUCAUCCGCGUAUACGCGGCCUCGUGCUCCGCGUUACUUCACGAGUUUGCGUCCAUCCAUAAUCGAGUGCACGCGUUACAUUACACGAGUUUUUCCGACAGUUUAGUGACACUCGAGAGUGAUGUAACGAGGGUAGGGGACCGUCCCCCAGCUGGCGACAACACGGACAGCGACGAGACAACGGCAAUGGAAAAUGAGGACGAGGCUGAGACAUUUCUGUGUGUAUACCACGACUGGCGGGCGCGCCAGAUGGUGCGUGGCUACACGUUGCCGCUUGGGGUGCUCGAAAAGUCGUCGUCCAAUCAGAAAGCCGAUUGUGUCGCUGUUUGCAGCUUUACGGGUCGUGUGGUUGUUGCAAUGGGGACACGACUAAACAUCUGGCAGUGUAGCCAUCAUUUCUUUGAACAUGUGAUGGAGCUCCAAGUAGACAUGACCCAGCGUCAUGCUUUCAUGCAACUUGAGUACGUGGCCAUCCACGGCGUGUACGUAGCUUACGCUUCGCAGACAGAGGUGCGCGUGAUGGAGAUCCACGUGAGGAGCUCCAAUGACUCGUCACGUUUAUUGGAUACAGCAGCAGCAGCGGCAGUAGCAGCGGUGGACAAAACGACGGUCUUGGAGAACUACAGUCGGAAACCGAACGAUCGAGACUCCGUGCCUGAAGACGCAGCACAUUGCAUGCAAAUUGCAAGCUUCGAAGACUUGAACGCGAUCGUACAAGUGCCAGUAUCGUGCUCGGCGUAUAGCACAAUGGAAGCCGAUACGAAACAAGAACAGAACGAGCGGCGUCUGUUUGACGAGCACGAGCAGAUCCCCAUGGUCCUUGGACGCAACGAAGCUCAGCAGGAAAUGUGGAAUCUCGCUGGUUUAGUGAAAGCUCAGGAUAUUCGCGCGAACCAGGCCAUGUCGUAUUACAUCAGUGAGAACGACGUGCGGGUGCUGCUGCGGCGCUAUUUGCCUCCAAAUCACCGUGUGCAGUCACUCAAGUUCUUGCCGGAAACGAUUGACAACCGCAUGUGUGUCGAGACGAGGAGCUACACGCGCUUGCUGAUAGCCACGGAGAAAAACGCGUUUAUUUAUUACUUUUUGUCCGACAAAGUCGACUUGACGAGGAAGAAAAUGUCCAAGAAGGUGCUAGGAAUGACCGAGCGAUCGAAGUCGAGGGGCAUGCAUACACCGAUUCAAGUAGGAGGCGUUGCUGACAAGCGAAGAAGCGAUUCUUUCGCUAGUGUGCAGAAAGAUGAAGACGAGGACCAGGAUGAGACAGACAAUUCGAUGGAGUCAGGACGGGUCGUGAUGCACUACAACUUUACUUCGGUUGUCACUAGCAUCACGGCUAACAGCUCUUUUCUCUUUGUCGCAACGCUGUCUGGGCUGCAAGUAUGGUCUAUUUGGAGUCCAUGUCACUACGUCGCAGCUAGUCGCGCAUUGAGCAGAUCACUCGUCCCUCAGCCUUCCCAGCCCCAGCUUUUGUGCACGCAACCCAUUCCGUAUCCGGUAUCACAGCUUGCUGCACUUGACUCAUACGUCGUCUUGCUCCCGCAAACGAAUGCGUUGGAGCGUCAUGGACCGAAUGACAUUUUGCAGCUCGCAAGUCUAGUCGCAAGCGAUCGUCUCCCGGAAGCUGAGUUUGAGUUGCGCUCGCCUCUCGACGUCUCAAGAAACCCGUAUCAACGCAGCAUCGUCAUUUUUGAACAGAGCCCGCCAUCGUUGAUAUUUUCCUACGUGCGGCAAGGCGUGCAAUCCGUCAACGGUACUUUGAGACCAUUCCAGAUCGACUUGCUAUUGAGCUUGUUUUCGUUGUACCGUUAUCGUGCUGAUGUGGGUUUCGACUUGCUGCGUCUUGCACUCAGCAACGACGCAUUUCGAGAUGAGGAUAUCGCUUCGAUGUCGGGUCAGAAGGAGAGACUGGCUCUCAAGCUUGAGACGAAGUUGUACGACCGUCUCGCUAAGGAAUGUGCGGCAGAUUUAGCCGCUGUCUUCAUGUCGGAGCACCAUCGCAACUUAGACCGAGCCGCUCUUCUGUUUGUUGCUUCGGACGUCCCCUCCAUCGAGGUGAUGCACCGUCUCGAUGCUAUCGUCGGGACAGUCGAUCGAUCGGAGGUCAUCCAAGCUACAGGGAAAUACCUGGACGCGUUCGUCUAUCCGCCUCCUAAAUCACUUGCUGACAUUUGCUCGCACAGACCUGCGCGAGGCGCCAACCCUGCUGAUACCGAGUUCACGAGGAUCGUGUUGUCACACUACGGCAAGUACUUCCCUGAGCAGCUUUCUCGGCUGAUUGUCAAUUCGUCGUUGGAAUGGACGUUGGAAGACAUCGCAUUCGCACUCAAACAACUGGGAGAGUCUUCGAGCCACAGCGCACGCGUGAAGAUUGCACGACUUGUCCUUAUCUUGCGUGCAACUGCUUUCCACGCAGACGAUUGGGAUGUUUUCCGGACACCCGAGCAAUCAUCUGCCGAGGACUUUGGCACGGAAUGCUCGUACACUUCCAUGCUAGCUUUAGUAGAUGACCUGUUGCAGAACCACGUCGAUGAGCUUGUGCACUUGGCGGUGACACGCCCAGACCUGCUUGUUCAAGAAAUAGCAAUGGCCAAGAGCGAACAGGGAGCAAGCUGUAGGCACCUUUCUAGCUCAAACCUGACCAAGGCGUUGCUUGAAGAUGCUCCACUGAAAUACUUGGACAUCUUGGAGCACAUUUUCAACAGUGCAAUAGGUGGCCAGGAAACCAUCCAGUCGACACUUCGUUUUUGCUUGAGUGCAAUCGGUGACGCUGCGGCGACGUCACUGACAAAAAUCACUCCGUCAUCUUCACCGUCACCGGAUGAGGUGCCACCAUCAGCCACGUCUUUCGUCCCAGACCAAGCUCUUGUACUCCGCUUUCUGGUGUUUGUUCUUCAGAUGUUUCCAGUACUUGAACAGUUAUCGGAAAAAGAAGAAGUACAAGAUGACGAAGAGGACUUGCACAAUGCGAAGGCAUCCGUGGCAGCAGAAUUAACGCGUUUGUGUGUCAAGUUGAGCUCGUUGUUCCAUGGUUCCGUUAACAGCGACGAAGGCGGGCAUGUGGAAUCAAUGCUGUGCGAUUUGUUUGAGCCAGCGGUAAUGGAAGCAGCUACCCACGGACAUCUGCCUGACUGGAUACAAGAGUACUUGGAAACGCGCUGUCUGCCAGCGACACCUAGGCUGCGCCAAAUUCUCCAGUUUCUUUUCUCCCAGGUUCUAGGAUUAUUGCACGAACGGGACUUAAUCAGUCCCCAAGACGUACUGUCAGCGCAUGAAAUAUUUGACGGAAACUCGCCAGAACAGAUGCGAUGGAAUGUCGAGAAUGAUUUGGCCGCGCUCGUUGUCCUCCUAACGUUGCCUCGCGUUUCCAGAACGGUGGACGGACUGAAGCUCAUCGCCCAACGCGCUGACUUCAGUAAUUUAUUCCUGCCGUAUGGCAAGAGCUUCUGCGUCACCCUGGAUGAAUGGCGCUUUCUGAUCAGUACCCUGUCUCCAAUCUCGCAACUGUCAACAGAGACGCGCAAUGAUGCGGUCCGUCACGAAGAUGCAAUUCUGGAGAAAAUCCUCAGCCACAUAUGCUUGACGCUCAGCCCCGAAGAAGUACUCCAAGUUUUGCCCGACGACGGCGAUCUUGAGUUGUACUUGUCGACCAUUGAAGUCAGCCUGCAAUUGGACCAGGUGCGGGAAAAGCAGGGCGUUAGCCAAACGGCGAAUGCUGUUGCAGGUUAA